CCCCUCCCCCCUCCCCGGGCCAUGUUUCAGCUCGCCUCGCCUUAGUGUCCUCGCCAAGGCUGGAUACAGAGUCUUUUGCUGGGGCGAGCCCGGCCAGCUCCCCCUCGGUUUCCCGGGGGUGCAGGAGGCGGUGGGUGGAAGGAUUUUAUUUUGAUUUGAUUUGAUUUUUUUGGAGAGCGGAUCAGCCCGGCCUCCCGGAGUCAAUGCUUGGAACAGAGCUGCGGGCGAGAAAGCGCACCCCUCCACCGCCGCCGCAUCGCGGGUCCAAGCCCGGAGGAUGGAAAACCAAGUCCCGUCCCGGCAUUAUGGAUGAUUAAACCUCUUUUCCGAGUCCAUCGCAGGCUCCCUCGGGCUCACAUGUGUGUGUAUGUGCGUGUAUGUGCGUGUAUAUGCCUGUGUGCCCGCGCGCUCGCAUGUGCGUCUGAUUUAUUUUUAUUUUUUUCCAUGUGCAUCUGACUCCCCCAACCCCCCCCCACCUUUCCCACCGGCUAAGGGUCUCCCCCACCUCCCCAUCUUCCUCCGAAAAACCUAGCUGUGACCCCUCUAUGAAUCCGAAGAGUACUUGAGGCUCAUCAUUAAUAAUAAAACAACAGAGGCGCGUCUGUAGAUGGCAAUGCUUUUCCAUUGAUUUUUACAGACUCGAUUGCUGAGUGAGGAUGAGUGCUUGGUUUGGGGUUUUUUUUCCUGUUUUCUGGGUGGUUUGGGGUGGGGGGUUUUUUUGCCCGGGAUUGUAUGAGGAAUAGAAGGGGAGGGAAAGAGAAGUAAAACCUUUUUUUCCUGUUUUUUGGCCAGAGUUGUAUGAGAAAUAGAAGGGGAGAGAAAGGGGAGUAAAGCCUUUUUUUUCCCCUGUCUUUCUUUUGGCUGGACUUGUAUGAGAAAUAGAAGGGGAGAGAAGGGGGAGUAAAGCUUUUUUUUUCUGUCUGGUUUUUGACUGGAAUUGUAUGAGAAAUAGAAGGGGAGAGAAAGGGGAGUAAAGUCUUAUUUUCUGUCUUUCUUUUGGCUGGAAUUGUACGAGAAGUAGAAGGGGAGCGAAAGGGGAGGAAAGCCUUUUUUCUGUCCUUUUUGGGGGGGCUGGAAUUGUACGAGAAGUAGAAGGGGAGCGAAAGGGGAGGAAAGCCUUUUUUCUGUCCUUUUUUGGGGGGGCCGGAAUAGUAUGAGAAAUAGAAGGGGAGAGAAAGGGGAGGAAAGCCCGAUGACUCGUUAAAUAUUUCUUUCUCCCUGCCUGCGAAGAUAACUUUCUUGACUCUCGCUGCGUCCUUUGUCCAUGGUCAGAAGAGAGAGAGCUCUACGGUAGCUUUUUCUGUGCAAGAGCAUCCUCUCCCCACCCCAUCCCCAUCUCUCCCCCUCCCAACGCGCCUUUCUAAAUCUCGGAAAGUCUUAAAGGCGUUAGACUCCUUUGGCCAUGAAAAUGAUCCUGGUGCGCAAAUUCCGGGUGCUGAUCCUGGUGGUGUUCCUCCUCGCCUGCACGAUGCACAUCAUGAUCGAUCUGUUGCCAAAGCUGGAGGCUCGAGGGGCCCGGGCUUCGGGCGACCCGAGCUGUUCUUGCUCGCCCACGCCGGGCGAGGAGGCCCAGGGCUGGGGCAAGCCCAGGACCGAGCCGGCCUGGCCCAACAAGCACACGCUCCGCAUCCUGCAGGACUUCAGCAGCGAUCCCGGCUCCAACCUGACUUCCCACUCUCUGGAGAAGGUGACCGAAGCCCUCCAGGGGCCGGAGUCCCCGGCCUUCCCCGCAGACCCCCGGGCCAGGAAGCUCAUCCAGGAUGGGAGUCCCAGCCGGAGGCUGCCAAGGGGGAAAGGACCGUCCAAGCUGGCCUCCCUCUUCGAGCAUCCCCUCUACAGAAUCGCCAUCCCCGGCCUGACGGACGAAGAUGUCCUCUUCGACGUGAACAGCGACAUCCGAUUUAAUCCCAAGGCUGCCGAGAUCCAGGAAUGGCAAAAUGAAGGUAAUGAAGAUGAAGAAUUUUUACCCACGGGAGAAACAUCUGUCGAUUCCUAUCCCAACUGGUUAAAAUUUCAUAUUGGCAUUAAUAGAUACGAGUUAUAUUCCAAGCAUAAUCCUGCAAUUGGGGCUUUGCUGCAAGAUCUUGUCUCCCAAAAGAUAACAAGUGUCGCAAUGAAGUCAGGAGGCACUCAGCUAAAGCUCAUCAUGACAUUCCAAAAUUAUGGGCAAGCUUUAUUCAAACCCAUGAAACAAACCAGGGAGCAGGAAACCCCACCGGAUUUUUUUUAUUUCUCAGACUAUGAAAGACAUAAUGCUGAAAUAGCUGCAUUUCACCUGGACAGAAUCCUAGAUUUUCGCCGCGUCCCUCCGGUUGCAGGCAGAUUGGUCAAUAUGACGAAGGAAAUAAGAGAUGUAACCCGAGACAAGAAGCUCUGGAGAACCUUCUUUAUCUCACCAGCAAACAACAUCUGUUUCUAUGGAGAAUGUUCCUAUUACUGCUCCACGGAGCACGCUCUGUGUGGGAAGCCAGACCAGAUUGAAGGUUCCCUAGCUGCUUUUCUGCCCGACCUGUCGCUUGCAAAAAGGAAAACCUGGCGAAAUCCCUGGAGGCGCUCUUAUCACAAACGCAAGAAAGCAGAGUGGGAAGUAGACCCAGAUUACUGUGAAGAGGUGAAACAGACACCACCGUAUGACAGCAGCAACAGGAUUUUGGAUAUAAUGGAUAUGACUAUUUUCGAUUUCCUAAUGGGAAAUAUGGAUCGACAUCAUUAUGAAACCUUUGAAAAGUUUGGAAAUGAAACUUUUAUCAUUCACUUAGAUAAUGGAAGAGGGUUUGGAAAAUAUUCACAUGAUGAGCUUUCCAUUUUGGUGCCUUUAAAUCAAUGCUGCAGGAUACGGAAAUCAACCUAUCUGCGAUUACAAUUGCUAGCCAAGGAAGAGUAUAAACUGAGUCACUUAAUGGAAGAAUCUUUAAUGAAAGACAAAGUUGCUCCCAUCCUCUAUCAGUUACACUUAGAAGCAAUGGACAGACGUUUGCGGAUUGUUCUCCAAGCGGUUAGGGACUGCAUAGAAAAAGAUGGCUUUAACAGCGUGGUUGAAAAUGACUUUGACACUGACAACACUUUUACAACCAAAAGGUCGUGACAUUAGAUUGCUUUGUUUUUACUAGCUAAGUUCGAAGAAGAAAAAAGUCUUGCAAGAGACUAUGUAUGCCACUUUGUGAAUUCAAUGAAUUCAGAAAUGAGGAUAUAAUUGUUCCCAAAGUAGGUAAAGUGUAGACUCAGAGAAGGAUUGAAUAAUUAAGAAAAUAAGUCUAAGGUGAUGCUUUUAAUUAGUUCCUGUAACAGAAUAUGAAAGGUUUGGCAUUGACAGAUGACAUGAAUUGGUGGCAAUUAAUUGCAUUCUGUCCUUUUUGUACAGAAAGGAGGCCUUUAUUUAAUAUUUUGUAUUUAUAUAUGGUGUGUAUAUAUAUAUAGACAUAUAUAUAUAAACCAGAGACCUACCUACCAAAUUCAUUAAGGGAGGGGCAGCAGAAUUUUGAUGUCUCACCAUUUAUUCUAGGUGACAGUUCACUUGGUCUUUCAUGUUAACCCUUGAAGUGCUUUCAUUUGCCAGGCCCAAUUUAAACAAAUGGCUUUCUUACUGAAUGUCAGCAUUUGAAGGGUUAAGAUGCAAACUUAGAAAUGCAGUGGUUCAUCCAAAUGGAAUUUCAGUAAUUGUUCAUUGACAGAGAAUACUUGAAUGUUGGUUUUACAAAGUGAUGUAAAAUGACGAGUUGUACUAUUUAUCUAUCAUGAAGUAACAGUUCUUAUCUUUCUAGACAGGCGUAGUAGAGCUGCUACUUUUCUGAAUUUGCUUUUGAUAGUUUUGUGUAAAUAUAUACAUAUCUGGGUAAAGCUGCACUCGGCAGUGAUAGGCUUAAUUUUGCAGCAUUUUUGUGGAAUUGUUUGCAAUGUGGUAAAAGUGCAAUAAAGAUAUAGCAAAUGUGUACCCCA